AUGGCUCCCAGCAAGCCCAAUUCUACUAACGCUUCUGGAGAUGCCAACAUCCAAUACGCACGUCCUGAAAACGGUGUCAGUGAAUUUAGCGAUUCGCUGUCUCUGUUCCAUUCAGAGAAGGCAGUGCAGGAGCUUCUUCAGCAGACUCCAAUCUUAGGCACUGAUGAUCAUCUUAUAGAGUUCUCUGAGGCUCUAAGAACUGUUGUGAAGGCAUUGAGACGAGCAGCGGAAGGAAAGGCUUCAGCUCAGGCCGAGGCUGCUGAAUGGAAGCGUCGAUAUGAACUGGAGAUGGCUCGCAACCAUAAAGUAAUGAGUUCCACAGAUUGUAUUGCAGAACCAUCUCACAUGGAGCAGAAUAAUGGUCCUGAUUGUCAAAGGCCAGAGACCUCAACCAACCCAUAUGAGCCAGGAAAUCACACGAACGGAAAAUCUGAAGACUUCUUGGUAAAUGGUAUUUGCUCUCACGAAAUUCUCCAGGACGGAGGGGCUAGUUCUGAUGCAAAGGCAGUUCAAAACAGAAUGAUGAGAAAGGCAUCUUUCAAGCUUUCCUGGUGGUGCAAGGGUGACGAUGGCAAUCAGGACAAACACGAUAUUGUAUCAUUUGAAAAAGGAAACAUCACAACUGCAGGACGCACCAGUAAGCAGAUUUCUUUGAAGUGGGAGACCAACCCACAGACGGUGCUUAUUUUGACCAAACCAAAUUCGGUUUCUGUUCGUAUUCUAUGUGCACAAAUGGUCAGAUGGUUGAAAGAGCAUCAGAAGUUGAAUAUUUUUGUCGAACCACGAGUGAUCUCUGAACUUUUGGCCGAGUCAUCUUAUUUCAAGUUUGUGCAGACUUGGAAAGAUGAUUCAGAAAUUUCGCGCCUGCACUCAAAGGUUGACCUUGUGGUGACUCUUGGUGGUGAUGGCACUGUUCUUUGGGCUGCAUCAAUGUUCAAAGGACCAGUCCCUCCUAUCGUCCCAUUCUCUUUAGGCUCUCUUGGCUUCAUGACACCAUUCCACAGCGAGCACUACCGGGAUUGCCUAGAUUCUAUCCUGAGGGGUCCAGUCAGCAUAACACUGCGGCACAGGCUACAGUGCUAUGUCAUUAGAGAUGAAGCUAAGAACGAGUACGAGACUGAGGACCCGAUACUCGUGCUUAAUGAGGUAACGAUCGACCGCGGGAUAUCAUCAUACCUCACAAAUCUGGAGUGCUACUGUGACAACUCGUUCGUCACGACUGUUCAAGGAGACGGUUUGAUUUUAUCCACUACAUCUGGAAGCACUGCAUACUCAUUGGCAGCUGGAGGAUCAAUGGUUCACCCGCAGGUGCCUGGGAUUCUUUUCACGCCAAUUUGCCCACAUUCCUUGUCAUUUCGGCCUCUGAUACUUCCAGAGAAUGUCACUGUACGAGUGCAAGUUCCUUUCAACAGCAGGAGCCCUGCUUGGGCAUCCUUUGACGGGAAGGACAGGAAGCAGCUGGCAGCUGGCGAUGCACUUGUGUGCCGCAUGGCUCCAUGGCCUGUCCCCACUGCCUGUUCUGUGGAUUCCACGGGAGACUUCCUUCGCAGCAUACAUGAGGGACUCCAUUGGAACUUGAGAAAGACUCAGUCUUUCGAUGGGCCACGAGAAUCGUGA